ACUAAGAAUAGCAAGGGAUAUAAAAUCUUGCCGCCAUAUUUGCGAGUUAUACAAGGUGAUGGUAUCAAUUACGAAUCUACAGGAAGGAUACUUGAGGCGCUGAAGCAAGCCGGCUGGAGCACCGAUAAUGUGGUAUUUGGUGCAGGAGGUGCUUUGCUACAAAGAAUUGAUCGUGACACACAAAAAUGUGCGUUCAAAUGCAGUCAUGUUAUUGUUAAUGGCGAACACAGAGACGUUUACAAGAACCCGGCUACUGAUAAGGAGAAACGUUCAAAGAAAGGUUAUCUCACAUUAGUGCGGAAUGCUUCUGGUUCAAUAGAAACUGUCCAAGAAGGACAAGGAGAUCCGAGAGAGGAUCUUCUCCAAACAGUUUUUGAAAAUGGUAAAUUACUCGUCGAUUGGACCUUAGACGAAAUUCGAGAGAGGGCUGAAAUUGAUCUGGUGAAGAUGAAGAAGAAGAAGUAUGUCAAUGGAGUUCAUAAAGGCAAUGGCGAUAGUAUUGACUAG